AUGAAGCCAGCAAUCGGACACCUUCCCAUUCACCGUUCGACCAACCACCACCAAAGCUACUACGAAGCGAUUAUUUUAUCGCAGGCUGCUCAACUCUUCGAUCCGUUAGGAUGGCUCACACCCAUAACAACUCGAGCAAAAAUCACCAUUCAGUCAACAUGGUUGAUCAACGCCAAGUGGGACGAUCCUCUUCCUCAACACAUCUUACAAGACUGGAGGGAGUUUCACACUCAAUGGACAACACUCUCCAACAUUCGCAUCCCCCGCUGGCUAAUUAGGACCAACAGAAUCGAACUCCAUGGGUUCUCAGACGCCUCCGAACAAGCCUACGCAGACGUACUUUACUUAAGAGCUCUCCAGGAAAACGGCCGUAGCGAAACAUUAUUAAUAGCCGCGAAGAGUAAAGUCGCACCACUAAAACAGGUGUCACUCCCUCGACUGAAACUUUGUGCGGCACAUCUCCUCACUAAGUUGGCUCACCACACCCUCAAGCUGACCAACUGGAAUAAUAUCACAACAUACUUGUGGAUAGACUCCACUGUCACGCUGAGCUGGAUUCAGGCGCCUCCACGGAGAUGGAAGACAUACGUCGCAAACAGAGUCGCUGAGAUCCAAACGCUGCUUCCAGAAGCCCAAUGGAACCACAUCCCAGGUCAGCACAACCCCACGGAUUGCGCCUCACGAGGGCUCUCACCACGGGACCUGCUCACACACCAACUUUGGUGGAAGGGACCAGAGUUUCUCUCCAAUGACGAGAAACCUCCACGGAGUAAUCUCCAGACAGAUCUUGACAACCUUCCAGAAGGGAGGUCAACAGCCCAUGCAGCAACAGCCAGAGAACCACCAACUGAACCCGAGAUGCUCAGUAUGUUUUCCAGCUACAGCAAGCUGCUCAGGAUCACUGCUUGGUGUAGACGUUGGCUUCUCGAAAACUGCAAUCACGGAAAUCUUGUGUCCCCAGCCGAGAUCAUCCAAGCCGAGAUCACGUGGUUAAAACUCGUGCAACAACACCAUUGA